CCUAUCGUUUUCUCUUCUCAGAGUUUGAGAUUUCACACAAGAACACGAGUGGCUCUAGCAAGCCAACACCUCUCCAACCACUAUUUCGCAAUCUAACAAAUCCACAAAACCCUAGAAUUCCAAAAAAUUAUUCCCCCAAAUUCCCCGAGUAGCGGAGAAGCUAAGUUAUGUGGGGUGGGGGAGGUAGUGGCAGUGGUGGUGGUGGUGGCGGCGGUAUCUUCUGGGGACGAAAGGAAGAGGUCUCUGAUUCAAAAGGAAUCGCUGUCAUCUUCGCUUGGGUUUCGAUUCACGAGAGACACUUGCAGAAUUACGUGGAUCUGUAUUCGUCUCUCGGUUGGAAUUCCCUCGUUUGCCAUUCCCAUUUUCUCCAUGCAUUCGAUCCCGAGAAGGCCAUGUCGUCCGCCUUUGUUAUUCUCAAUGAGCUUGUUGAGGAGCUAAGGAUUAAGCCAUGCCCUGUAGUGUUUGUGGCUCUUUCUGCUGGUACAAAAGCGUGUAUGUACAAGGUUUUUCAGAUUAUUGAGGGAAUUUGUGAAGGUCAGCUCUAUCCGGCCGAAUAUCGAUUGGUCAGAAAGUGUAUUACCGGACACAUCUAUGAUUCUGGUCCAGUUGAUUUUACGAGUGAUCUGGGCACUCAAUAUGGACUACACCCAGCCAUUCUAAAGAUGCCUGGAUCAUCAAAACUGGUUUCUUGGCUAGCUAAAGGCAUUGCUUCUGGUCUGGAUGCUUUGUAUCUUACUAGGUUUGAAUCCCAGUGCGCUGAGUAUUGGCAGGCUUUGUUUUCCUCUGUUAAUUUGGGUGCUCCAUUUCUCGUUUUAUGCUCUGAUAAAGAUGAUCUGGCUCCUUAUCAUAUUAUCUACAAUUUUACUCAACGUUUACAAGAACUUGGAGGAGAUGUCAAUCUUGUGAAAUUGAAUGGCUCCCCUCACCUAGGUCAUUAUAAGCAUUAUCCAAUACAAUACAGGUCGUCUGUUACUCAUUUCCUUGAGAAGGCAGCUAUGGUUUUUUCUCAAAGAAUUCAAGAACUUGAAGGUCAAAAUGCUAGCAUGGAAGGCAUGCACGAUGAGAUAUCUGAACUAAUCUGUGAUCUCCGGACAGUAGCUGUAAAUUCUAACCAGAGUCUCAGAAGAGUUGCAGUGGAACCAAGCGACCACUUCUUCUUGCCAAGUUCAGCAGAGAAUCAUAAUGUUAGGGACUCUGGGUCAUUGCAAGAUGAACAGAAAGAAAGAUCAAUCUCUCUGCCCAAGCCCCCAAGCAUUAGUGCACAUAGUGUACUCGGCCAAGUCCUGUUUGAUGUUUGUGUCCCUAAGAACGUCGAGGGUUGGGAUAUCAAAUUUUGUGGGUCUUUGAAUGGGCAGCCAUUUGCCUCUGCUCGUAGGAAUUCACCACCUCAUGGUCUCAAAAGCAUUCGUCGCUCGAGAUUAUGACUUCUCUUACAGGUUUGCCUUUGAAGGAGAUCUGUCUCGAAGAAUUAGCGGUAGCAACCCAAGAGUUGGAGGUGAGGUCUGCCUUUUCAGACACCUUCUGGGGUAUCCCGCGUACAUUAUUUGCAUGCUCAUUCCAACUAGUUGGUCCUCUGGCAUGAAGUGCACAGAACGAACGAGGGAUAAUCGCAUGUAUAUAACCACGUAUAUAUGUUUAAGACAGAUUUUGUCCAUCUGACGAACCAUCGGAAUGUAUAGAUCACUGAUCUUGAUGGUAGAUGAUGAUACAUAUCACCAGGAGUGGGUUGCAAAGUUGGUUUGCAUAAGCUAAUAGUCUGUAUGUACUGUAGGUCCUUUGUAGCGCGGACACAAUCGUUCGUUCAAUUAACACUACUAGAUGCGUUGCUUGAACGAUCCUGACUGUUAAGAUUUAAUCGUUGUAAAUAUAGGAGGAAAAACAAUUGCUAAGUUCUUCUCAAUAAAUAUAGAUGUAUGUAAAUUUUAUAUUAUAAAACAUGAACAAUGGCUCAUUUUUAAGGGAGCUCGAA